UCAGCCGCAACUCGCGCAGUCAGUCAGUCAGUCGCUGCUCAGUGCACGAGGCAGGAGAGGGUGUGGAGCUGCAACAUCGUGAGGCUUACUGAAUCCGCUCGCUCUCUCGAGCUCUCUCUCCUCUCCUACCCGUCCUCCUCCCCUCCCACACACUCUCUCUGUUGCUUACCAGUCUUCUUCUCCAAAUUGGCUUAUUUUUUUUUUGUGCACAACACAAACUCUCUCCUGGAUGCGGGUGCUGGAUUCUGCAGAACGCGUCUUCAUGAACGAGUCGCACCGCUCCGAGAUUUCACUGCACUUACAGGGCACAGACCUGCCACUAUGGUUAAAUGUCUUGUUUAAUGGUUGAGAGGCCAAUUUCUCUAAUGGACAGUUGCCAACGAUAUUCAUGGUGGGGCAAUGUGGAUGGCUUAAACUGCCUGCAGUGACCCGUCGCGAGACACUCCAUGAACCAUACGCUACCCUUCACACACAGUCACAGCCCUGCAGACCCAAAAAGAGGAGUGGGACGGCCUCGUUUGAAAAUCCUGACCGGAAUGCCACAUGUGUUCGCAUGAUAGGAGAUGUGCGAGUCAGAGGCCAAGCAGGGAUUCUCUCUGAGCGCCGCGGAUCCUAUCCAUUCAUAGACUUUCGACUGUUAAACACAACUGCUAACUCAGGAGAAAUUGGCACAAAAAAGAAAGUGAAAAGACUUUUGAGCUUCCAGAGGUACUUUCAUGCAUCCAGACUUCUACGAGGGAUUGUGCCACAGACGUCCUUACAUCUGCUAGACGGAGACUACUUGGGACAAGCCGCGCACAUGUUGUCAAAAGUGGGAACCUGGAGCUUUGACAUGUUCUUGUUUGAUCGCCUCACUAAUGGGAACAGCCUGGUCACACUUUUGUGUCACCUUUUUAACGUUCAUGGACUAAUUGAACAUUUCCAGCUAGACAUGGUUAAAUUGCACAGAUUUCUUGUUACAGUGCAAGAGGAUUACCACAGCCAGAACCCUUACCACAAUGCUCAGCACGCUGCUGAUGUGACUCAGGCCAUGCACUGCUAUCUAAAGGAGCCCAAGCUUGCCAGGUUCCUGACCCCUCUUGAAACAUUUUUGGCAUUAAUGGCUGCUGCUGCCCAUGACGUUGAUCACCCGGGAGUCAACCAACCUUUUCUUAUCAAAACCAAGCACCACCUUGCAAGUUUAUAUCAGAAUGUGUCCGUACUGGAGAACCACCACUGGAGGUCUACGGUGGGCAUGCUGCGAGAGUCUGGGCUUCUGUCCCAUCUGCCUGUGGAAAUGACCCAGGUUAUCGAACAACAGCUUGGCUCCUUAAUUCUGGCUACGGACAUCAGCAGGCAAAAUGAAUUUCUCAGCCGUUUCAAGUCUCAUCUGGAUAACGACGACUUGUGUUUGCAGGACGCCGAUCACAGACACUUCAUAUUGCAGAUUGCCCUCAAGUGUGCGGACAUCUGCAAUCCCUGCCGGGUAUGGGGGAUGAGUAAGCAGUGGGGAGAGCGAGUCUGUGAGGAGUUCUACAGGCAAGGUGACCUAGAGAGACAGUUUCAUCUUGAGAUCAGCCCCAUGUGCAACCAGCAGACAGACUCCGUUCCUGGCAUACAAAUAGGUUUUAUUACCUACAUUGUGGAGCCUCUCUUCAACGAAUGGACCAGAUUUACGGAAAACAGUGCUCUCACAGACAGCAUGAUGUGUCACCUCAGAAAUAACAAAGCCAAGUGGAGGAGGCUACUGCUCAAGCAGCACCACCAGGGAGAGGAGAACGAGCAGCUUAGCGAGGUCUCUUAGCACUGACCCCCCUUUGGUAUGACGUUCUGCUUUUAACUGCUCAAAGGAGGCGGACAUGUGAGGACACCUGUGGUAAACCUGAAUGGUGCUCGGUAGAAGUCUCUCCAUUGAAAGCGCAGAGAAGGAAGGAGAGGACAAUGCACUGACGGGGGGAGCCCUUUUGUACUGUUGCAUUCGCAGUGGUUUUCCCCAAAGACCGUGAUGAAUAAAUCAGAAAGUAAGAUAACUGUCUCGAGUGGGCAAAGAGACAAAACCUUGGAGAUGGCCACAUUCGUGUUUUGAGUGCCAAACUCACACACACACAAAAAAAGGCAGCUGGACUGCAGAAAACUGCUGACACAGAAAACCAGCAUCACAAACAAACCAACAAACAAAAACCAACAUCACACCUUUUUUUAAAGUAAAAUGUCCGCUAUUUUCUAUUUCUUCACACCAGCUAAUGGAUACAGUCCUUAAUUUUUCGUUUUCUCUUCCUUUACUUACCUGUGAGAUAAAUAAGGUCUGAACAUUACAUCCUUCUAAUGUCAAAGAGCCCGAUGUAAAGUUUUUAGACUAUGAUUGGGUGUGAACGCCCCUCACAGCACGAGGUCUACCUUCUUGGCUUUUUAUAUAUCUAGAUGUAUACUGUUAUUGGGAACUGCUGUAAAUAUUUGUAAAUAAUGAAGCUACUGACUUAAACGCCAAAAUACUGUAGAGGAUUGGUAC